UGUUUUGUAAGGUUAUGUUUAAUGUAGCGUCAAAUAUCAAGUAAAAAAGCUUUAAAUAAUAACAUUAAUAAUGUCAGCUUUUGAGGAAGAAAGUAGUUCUGAUGAAGAGAUAACUUUACUUCGAAAAGCUGUUGAUGUAGAACUUCCGAAAAAUUUUGAUCCUACAAAGGUGCCUGAAAAUGGUACCGAGUAUCUUCAUUUGGUUAUGUAUGAGGCUAAACGUUGCAAACAAUGGGUUACUGCAGAUAUUGAUGCAAAUAAAAUUAAAGAGCCUACACUAAAAGUUGAUCUUAUAGAUAAUUGUGAAAAAGCCCCCCAACAAAUGAUACCAUCAAUACAUUGGCAAAAAGAAAAAUUAAAAGCUUUCACUGACUUAAGACAAUUUUUAGAAAAACAUGCAUCUGAAAAUCCUACCAAAUAUUAUAACAGAGAGGUUAUUGAGAAAAUUGUGGAUGCGGAUAUUCCAACUUUUGAGCAAAUAAAUACUUGUAUACAGUCAACUAAGCUGGAUAUUUUGCAGUAUAUUCUAAAUAAAUUGGAUGAGGUUGAACCUGGAGAAACUAUAAAAUAUGAGCAUGGGGUAUGGUUAUACGCUGUUUUGGCAACUAUUGGAAAACCUUUAAGCCCACAUACUUGUCAUUGCUUUAGGGAACUUGCCAGAAAAUGCUCUAAAAUUAGGUCAAAAUUAUCCGCUAACGCAAAUGAAGAUUCUUACACUCCUUUAAAUCUUUUUAUUUGUAUUGUAUCAAGAUAUUUUAGUCAACUAGAUUUAGCUGAUUAAAAUGUCAUAAAAGUAA